AUGGCAGCACCAAGAUACUUCAACGCCCUCGACGACCUCUGCCUCCAUCCCAAAUACACGACCGCUCUACAAGACGAGAUCUACGCCGUAGCCGAAACGAAUCCCCACACACCACCCAAAGAUCUCACCAGCUACCAAGAUCUCACCGGCUACCUCGCCUUGCUCAACGGCUUUCUCAAGGAGUCCGCACGCCUCAAACCCACAGAUUCAAUAUCGUUGCGGCGCAAAGUUCUCCAACCAUUGACCUUGAAUGACGGAACAAGCCUCGCCACGAACGACAUCGCGUGCAUCCCACUCCAGCCCAUCCUUCAAGAACCGGAGACCUACGCCGACCCGCUCACGUUCAACCCUACCGAUUUGUUCUGA